AAAAGCAACGUCAAUAGACACAAGGAAGCUCGUGCUAACGAAAGGAAAAGACAGGAAUACAACGAAAAGUACGAUCGUCGUGUACAUCGCAGCAGAAAAGGCGAGAUAAAAGUAGGAGAUCAUGUGUUAGUGCGACAAAAUAGGCAAAACAAUCUGUCUCCAACCUUUGACCUAACACCAUAUGUCGUUACAAAGCGGCAAAACUCGCAUGUAACAGCCCGAAACAAAACCGGACAUAUGGUAACGCGCAACAUAUCGUUCUUUAAACGGAUAUCCAAACAAACAUCGAUUGAAACGGACGAUGAUGACGAUGAACGACGUACGGCAACGGAGAAUAGAGUAAACUGGAACGAUAACAACACUGAACAAGUGGACGAGCACAUAGGUCUACGCAGGUCACAAAGAAUUAGAGGAAAACCGGUCAGAUUUGGACAGUUGGUAUAUGAUUGA